CUGCCCGGAGCCUCUUGAGCUGAUUAUUCUUUGUUCCUUCACGCAUCAAGCUUCCGUCUAUUUUCCAUCAGCUUCUCAUCUCUGCGUGACUUUUGUCCCGUUUUUUGCAGCGACAUCUCCUAGACAACCCCGCCAUCAACAUGUCCGCCAACGAUUACUACAGCUCCGGCAGCGGCAGCGGCAGCGGUUACCCGCCCCAGCAGCAGUACGGCCAGCAGCAGCAGUACGGCGGCUACAACCAGCAGCAGGGCUACCCUCAACAGCAGCCUCAGUACGGCGGCCAGCAGCAGCAGUACAACCAGGGCUACCCCCCUCAGCAGCAGUACGGCCAGCACCAGCAGCAGUACGACAACCGUAGCGCCUCUCCCUAUGACCAGCAGCCCCAAUAUGCCCAGCACCAGCAGCAAUACGGCCAGCAGCAGCAGUACGGCGGCCAGCCCGGCUACGACCAGCAGCAGUACGGCGGCGGCCCUCCUGGCGCUGAGGGCCCCGACGGCGAGCGUGGUCUCGGUGCCACCUUGAUUGGAGGCGGUGCUGCUGGUUUCGCCGCUCACAAGGCUGGUGGUGGCAAGCUGGCCGCGGUGGGAGCUGCUGCUGUCGGUGCCAUCGGUGCGAACCUGAUUGAGCACGCUUUCAAGAAGCACAAGGAGGAAAAGGAGAUGCAGAACCUGGCCUAUGGCGGUAACAACGAUGGCCACCACCACCACCACCACCACCAGAAAUAUUAAGGAAAGGUGAUGCGAGAGAGGGGUAUUUACACGUUAUGACUUCGAUAUACAUAUUAUGAAACGUUUGGGCAUGGGAACUUGACUUGGUUCUCUUUUUUCUGCUAGAGAAGCAUUAUGAUAUAUGAGGGGCGUUGGAUCUUUUACUUAUACUACCUACGCUAUAAAAUACAUAUAAUAAAUAACAUUAUAAAAGAGAGCAUCGC